GAUCAGAGCAUGACUGAGAGUGUAGGGAAAAGGCUUCAGAGAGUUUACAGGGUCUUCAAGGGGCAAAGAGGCAUAAAGAACAGGCACUUCAAAGAACUGAGGGAUCCGAGUAUCAAGAAGGAUCAGAAAAUCAUUGAGGGAUCAGAGCAUCAAGAGGGAUCAGAGCAUCGAGUGAGGGAUCAGAGCUUCAUUGAGAGUGUAGGUGAAAGGCUGCAGAGGAUGAACAGAAUCCUCAAGGGGCCAAGAGGCAAAAAGAAAAGGCACUUCCAACAACUGAGAGAUCAGAGCAUCAGGAGGGAUCAGAGCAUCUUUGAGGGGUCAGAGCAUCAAGAGGGAUCAGAGCACCACAAGAAUUCUGCUGCAGAUUCUCCUGUGACUGCAUUAAAGUCAGUGCCAUCUGCUAAACAAUCCAGUGAAACACAAUGGAAAUACCGCAGCCCGGAGACUGACUUACCCCUCAAGCACAAAGACUUCAGUCACCCAUCACUUUCAUCCCCAGGCGAUCAAUUUGAAUUGCAGCUCAACCAGCACCUACAAUCCCUCAUGUCCAACAAUGAAAUGAGAAGGCUCAUUUCUCAUGUUAUCCGGACUUUAAAAAUGGACUGCUCUGAGCCCCAUGUACAAAUGGCUUGUGCCAAGCUCAUCUCCAGAACAGGCCUCCUGAUGAAGCUUCUCAGUGAGCAGGAGGAAUCAAAGGUGUCCAAGGCAGAAUGGGAUCCGGACCAAUGGAAAAGUGAGAACUACAUCAGUGAGAGCCCAGAAGCCCAGGGUGAACAGAAAGACCAGGAGUCACCUGAGGUGAGGACAACUGCUGAAACAGGAGACCCCGAAUUUUCCAUCAUUUAGGAUAUGCAGUUAAAGUGCCCAAGCAGGAAGACCAGAGGCUCCUAGUCCAUAUCUUGUCUUGGUCACAUAACUUUGGCCAAGACAGUGAUCUCCCACUUUGCUCAGAGAAUAAAGCAGACCUAACACACAAGAUAAAUUCUAGAAGAAAAUGCUUAAUAGUAAGAUUAUGUAACAC